ACCAGUAUAAGACUAUACCUGGAGAGAAUCGAUCAAACCACAGUCUCCUGAAAACCACUAUGCGGGAUUCAGGUUUACAAUAAAUAUUUACAAAAUGGAUUCAAAACUUCCCUACGAUCCAAUGUCUGGGUUUAAUUUGGGAGAUUCGGGGUUCUUUUCGAUGAAAAAUUCUUUUAGUUCAGCAGUUAAUACUCCUUCAAAGCAAGACACGCCAUUUUAUAUUCCGUCAAAAUCUGGGAAAACUUCAGCUGAGAUUAUUGAGGAAGCAAAGGCUACGGUGGGAAAAUCCGCAGAUGACAAUUCAACCCGAGCCGCAGUGAGAACUGUCGAUACAAAACGUCCUUUCACUCCUCGUCAGACUGACAGACGAUUAUACUAUGGAUCGACGAAUCAUGUGGCUCGUCCUCCCAGUUCGUUUCGUCUCCUCCCCCUCCCGGAAGAGGAUCUUAAACGUCCCGUCACAGGAGUUAAGAUCACAACAAAUUCGGAGAAAGAAGGAUCUAAACUUCCGUCGAUUCAUCCCAUCAAUUCUCCGAAACCUACCAUGUCAGCACAGAGACGAUCUCCCAAGGAUCGGUCAAAGAGCAAUUACAGAUCGUCAAGCUUAACAGAUGUUGUUGAGGUAUCAGAACUAGAUCUUAUCCAGGUACAAAACGACGACGGACCAUCCAGCACUGAUGAAAUCAUCUAUGCCGAAGAUCCCAAAGAGAGAAUACAAAAAAGCGCAAAAAAAAAAUUCAGCCGAAACAAUUUUUAUGAUAAUUCUAUUUCUGAUAAACCUGUUGAACCUGCAAAGGUUGCCGAGGAUUUAAUCCUGCCAGGAUUACUGGAUAAUCUAAAACAACCAAACCUGAGCAGAGAUGAUAUCCUUGCAAGAAUGAAAAGCCUUUACACAUUCAUUGUCGACUCUGACAAUCCUAAAUUUUUUUCUAAACGAAGAGGUGAAAUUAUCAAGGUGCUCGGAGCCUACGUGGAUUCUGAAAAUCCAGAUGUCCUCAUUCAUUUAGUCCAAAUAUUAUUGUCAAUUAAUGUAAGAAAACAGAACCUUGCCACAGCAUACAAACUCAUCUAUAAGGUUGCAAGGGAGGCAGAGAAUGAUCCUUGCUUUUUAAACUCUGACACCCUAGAGCUUCUAGUUAAUUCUAUAGGAGGAGCAUGUCCAAUUAACGAUUCUGAAGCUCUGGUUUAUGGAUAUGGAGCUCUCAAGUUCCUCACCAUGAACUCUCAAACAAGAGAGAAAUUAAAGAAAAUGGGAAUUCUUGACUUGGUUUUACUCCAUCUUAAACUUAUCUGUGAAUCUAAGGCAGAAAAAAAGAUCCCAGAUGAGACGAGUCAUGUUCUAUUUCAGCUCACCGGAGUUGUCAGAAACCUUGUCAACGACAUUUCAAUGCAGAAGAAACUGGUGGCUAUGUCUGGGAUAACCCUGAUUUGCCGUUGUUUAGAACUGUUUAUAACUGAUCUCGACGUGGUUUGCAACAUCACUAGAUCUCUCUCUGUUCUCUCUUCAAACGACGAAGCUUGCAUUGUCCUUACAGAAAAUAAAAGUUUUGCCUCCACGGCGGUGAAAGUUUUACAGAAGUUCCCAGGGCGUCAGGAUAUUGUGGUCCGACUGUCAUACUGUCUAGGCAACCUCAUGGCUAAAUGUGAUGAAGCAAGACCAUACUUUGGUCCAGAUAAGGAUGAUGAUACAGGUAUUGACAACAUGGAUACUCUUCUUGAUCUUCUUCACUCAUAUAAAAAGAAGGACGUGGGACCUAAGGCCGAAAUAUCUAUCGCAAGUAAACUAGAAUCUGAAGACGAUCAUGGAUCUUCUGGAAACGCUGAAGAUGUUGUGAUCAAGAUCAUUCGUGUGAUUGCCAACAUGAGCAUUAAUCCUAAAGUUGGACAGCAGGUUGCCAGUAUACCCGAGGUCUACAACCAUCUGACGGAUAUCCUUGCAACCAGGAAUAUCAUUGAGAACGAGGAGUUGAUCCUCUCCACCCUGGCAACCCUCAACAACCUCACCUACUACCCUGUAGACAUCGGUAGCAAGGACACCCAAGAUUCCUCAAUCUACAACAAGAUCGAGAGAUACAUUGACUGUGCGAACAUCGAAGCUCAGAUAGAAUCAAGCCGAGUUCUAGGAAACCUGACCCGGUCGAAGAAUAUUCGAGAUCAGGUUGCGAAGUCGGAUACAUGGAACGUGGUGAUUCAUCUCCUAUCUACUGAUCAGCGUGAUCUUGUGUACACAAGUGUCGGGGUUAUUGUAAACAUGAUGUCAGACUGGGAUAAAAGAACAAAUCUGAGGAGUAUGGGAGGUGUGAGUAAACUGAUCAAGGUGCUCAGGGACUGUGUGACCAUGAUCAACGAUAACGAGGAUCAAGAUUGGUUACUCGCCAGUCUUACUUGUCAGGCUCUAUGGAACUACAGUAUCGACAGCAUGAACCUUUUCGACUGCAUGGACAAGGAGGAAAUCUCGGAGCUGGAGGCCGUCCUCGUCGAGUUCCUGGACGAGGAUAUCAUCUUCGGGUCCCAGGAGGAGCUGGACCCGGCCCAGGUCCCCAGGUACCAGGAGUGGGAGGAGUUUGCCAAGGUUGGAGUAAACUUAUUGGAACGAUUGGAAUCCUUCCUGGAACCUCUGGGACCUACAGACACAGAGGCAUCGGAGAACUCGGAGGAGGAUCAGGAGGAUCAGGAGGAUCAGGAUGAGGAUCUAGACGGAUCCGAUAUUUAUUAGGAUUAUCAAAUUUUAUUUCAACUGUAACUUAUUUUAUUUAAUAAAGAAAUAUUUAUAGAAAUGGCGGAAAUUACCGGGAAACGAAUUAAAGUGUGAUCAGACGGGAAAUAAUGAAUAUUUAAUGAUAAAAAAGAUUUUAGUGCACUACGUGUCCCAAGCUCAUUAAUCUUAAUGAUUUAUUAAUUUCUAAUGGAACUUUGAUUUCCAAACUGAUUAAACCUUAAUUUCCGGUUUAGGUAGAAAUACCUUUGGAUAUUUCAAACUUUAAAAUCUGCUAGAAUAAAUGAACUAUAAAUGACAUUUUGAAAUUAAAGAAGUUAGCUAAAGGAAUUGUGUGUGCCACAAACUCAAAUUUUCUAAUCCAUAUAAUCUUCGGAACCAAGUUUAAGUUU